AUGGACGCUGAUCAAUGCCAGACGGUGCUCGUGCAUCUGCCCAAUCAUAGCGUUGUUUACGACUUUUUUAGGGAAGUGCACCUGUUUUACAAACCCGAUACAUACAUAUUUAUCAAUUAUCAUGUGCAUAUUUGGAACUGUGGCGAAUUUCUGCAAUAUCGUCGUCCUUACGAGACGACAAAUGCGCACACCGGUCAACAUGAUUUUGACGGCAAUGGCAUGUUGUGA